AUGGCUGAAGAACGAGAUUUCGCCACAGAGGCACUCGCGCCUGAAGUCGAUGUUCCCUCUCCCAGCGACCCUGUUCCUCCGUUUCCUCGACAGACCUCAAGCCCCGUCGUCCUUCCCUCCCGCGAAUCGUCAGGACCCGGCUUGUCUGCCUCCUCCACACACCUGGGCCAGAUCAAUGCUGCGCGCCGGGGUGGGCCUUCACCACACCAACAGCCGUCAAUGAGCUCACAAGGAUCCAGCGGAUUAAACCCAGACCUCAUGGCAAAAAUGAAGGCAUUCUCAUUAUCCCGCCAAGGUGCCCCAGUGCCACAAACUGCUGCUUCGACGGGGCACAUCCCCAUGGCUCAAGGAAACGGUGCAGGCGGCGCAUUUGCUGGCGGCAUGCCCCAGAGUGCCGCACGGCCCAGUCCUCCAAAUUGGUCAUCUUCCCCUGCCAUCCCCGCCACUGGCUCUAAUUCUUUAUCGCCUCGGCCGGGUGGGCUAGCAGCGAAGCGCAUGAAACCAGGUCUCAAGCUAUCGGAUGUCACUGGUUCGCCCAGUCCUGCAGCAGGUAAGGAUCAAAAGCAGGGCGAACAAAAUGGGGAGAGUGCCUUCAGCAAAUACUCCGAGUUUAUCGACACGAAAGAGGGCACUUUGAACUUCAAAAACAAAGCUAUUCUACACGGAGGUGGUGUCGAGUUUUCGUCAGGCCACAGCUUUAAGAUCUCUCUGGAUGAAGUUGAUCGCUUGGAAGAAUUAGGCAAGGGUAAUUACGGAACGGUCUAUAAGGUUCGACACACUCGCCCGCAUCUACGAAAACCCGGUUUGGGGCUGGGUGGCAUUGUCAGCCGGCCUCCAGGCCACGACGAACCGAGUCCGGAAUCCGGGAACCAACUCUCGGGCGUGGUCAUGGCCAUGAAGGAGAUUCGCUUGGAAUUGGACGAAGCCAAGUUUGCACAAAUCAUCAUGGAGUUGGACAUUCUACACCGCUGUAUCUCUCCAUUCAUCAUCGAUUUCUACGGUGCCUUUUUCCAGGAAGGUGCAGUCUACAUGUGUGUUGAGUUCAUGGAUGGCGGCUCGAUCGACAAGCUCUACGAAGGUGGUGUUCCCGAAAACGUUCUGCGGAAGGUGGCUCUGUCUACCAUCAUGGGAUUGAAAUCAUUGAAGGAGGACCACAAUAUUAUUCACCGCGAUGUGAAACCUACCAACAUCCUUGUCAACAGCAAGGGCCAAGUCAAGAUCUGCGACUUUGGUGUUAGCGGAAAUCUGGUCUCUAGUAUUGCGAAGACCAAUAUCGGUUGUCAGAGUUAUAUGGCACCUGAACGAAUCGCAGGAGGCGGAAUGCAACAGUCGGGAGCGCCGAGUGCCGGCACAUACAGCGUGCAAAGCGACGUCUGGAGUUUAGGCUUGUCCAUCAUCGAAUGCGCCAUGGGCCGAUACCCAUACCCACCGGAAACAUUCAACAACAUUUUCAGCCAGUUACACGCUAUCGUCCACGGAGAUCCCCCAACACUACCCGAAGGAUUCUCUGAAGAAGCGCACGCAUUCGUCCGGGCCUGUCUCGACAAGAACCCGAAGAACCGACCAACUUACGACAUGCUAAUCCGACACCCUUGGCUAGCCUCUCUCAUGCAGCCACCUACCGAGUCUGGUGAUGACAGCGCCCCACUACCCGAGGAGUCCGGCUCCGGCGAUGCCGCUUCAUCCGCCAUCACAGAGGACAAAGAAGUGGCUGAGUGGGUCAACAAGCAAAUCAAACUCAAGGAAGAUGGCUUGCUACAUAUGUCCGAAAAACCGGCACUUCAUGCCGUGGCGCUGGAUAAGGUCGGCACGGCCCCUUCCGAGGGUGAUCCGCACGCUCCGUCGCAAAAUGACUGA